AUGUUUGGAGACCCCCAUUUGAAGUCAUGGAAUGGCGAUUGGUUCUCAUAUAUGGGCGAGUGUGACCUCCGGCUUGUCCACGCACCCACGUUUGAUGGCAAGCAGGACCUUACAAUUCAUGUCCGCACUACCAUUCGAUAUGAAUACAGUUACAUUGAGGCCGCUGCUAUCCAGAUAGGAAAUGACACUCUUGAGGUAGACAGCUGGGGAGGCUAUGCGCUGAAUGAUGUUGAAGAUGCCAUCUUGAACAGUCGAGCCAAGCGUGUUCUCCGGAAUGGCAAUCUUGUCAGCAACAACUUGGGAGGAUAUGACAUCUUCCAUACACAAAUGAGCCAGAAAAAACACGUUUUUGAUGUCAUUCUUGGACCUGGCGAGAAUGUGACCUUUAGCAACAUGAAGGACAUGGUCUCUGUCAAGAUCAACCACAAUGAGCACUUUGUGAAUGUAGUUGGUGUGUUGGGCCACUUUGAUGGAAGUAUGCUGGCCCGAGAUGGAGUGACUGACUUGCAUGAUGGUAUCAAUACCAUGGGGCAGGAGUGGCAGGUCCAUGACGAUGAACCAAUGCUGUUUCGAACAGCUCGAGAGCCACAAUAUCCCAACAAGUGCCGACUGCCUGAUCUUGGCAAGAAGGAGUCCCGUCGACUUGGCGAGGGCAUCGGUGAAGCAGAGGCCAAAGUUGCAUGCGCUCAUCUGCAGCCCGAUGCCCAAGCAUUUGCCAGCUGUGUCUAUGAUGUGACUGCAACAAAUGAUCUUGACUAUGCCAAUAGUUGA